AAAUUGUUCCGCGUCACGGCUUACUUAUUCCGCUUCUUGUCUCUUACCAGAAAAUUAAACUGGACCUUUACUGAUUGCGUUCAACGGGCGCGGUUGUAUUGGCUCAGGCGAACUCAAAGCGAGACGUACGCGAAUGAAAUUAAAUACCUGUCUACUCCACCAGCUUGUUCAGAUAAGGUCCCUGAUCUUGUCAAAAAUCUCAACCUGUUCUUUGACGAAAGUGGAUUGCUAAGAGCUGGUGGGCGUUUGAACAAAUGCGAUUCUUUAGAUUUUUCUGUUAGAAAUCCCAUCUUGCUCCCUAAAAUUAGUCCCUUGACCAAUUUGAUCAUUUCUGACUCCCAUGAAAAGUGUAUGCAUUUGGGAACAAAUUCAACUCUGGCUGCUGUCCGCAACGAAGGAUUUUGGAUACCCCGGGGCAGAACCGUCGUUAAGCAAGUCAAUAAAUCUUGCACUAUUUGCAAAAAGUUUAACAGCAUUCCAUUUAAAUAUCCGAAGCGUACGGACUUCAUUGGUGCGAACGUGAAUUUUGUCAGACCGUUCAUGAACGUCGGCAUAGAUUAUACGGGGCAUUUCAAUGUUAAGCUUGGUAAAGAUCAUGUUAAAAUGUACAUUUUACUGUUUACGUGUCUAAAUGUCCGUGCAGUGCACCUUGAACUUGUUAAAUCCAUGUCAUCAACAGACUUCCUCAUGGCGUUCAUUAGGUUCUCUAAUCGCUACGGAUUACCUAAUGUUAUUUUCAGCGACAACGCCCCUACUUUCAUUCAAGCUGCUCAGUUCCUGAAAGAAUCCAGUUCAGACUGUGAAUAUACCGCUUACUUAUCACGUAACAAUAUUAAACAUGUCAGGAUUCCUCUUUACGCUGCCUGGUGGGGCAGCAGUUGGGAGCGGUUAAUCCGCGUAGUUAAAACUUGCUUGUACAAAUCUGUCGGACGUGGCAGCCUUGAUUAUUUUUCUUUUCUUACCAUUUUAUCUGAUGUUCAAAAUUCAAUUAAUUCUAGACCGCUUACUUAUCAGGAUCCAGAUGAUCUCACGUUGCCAAUUUCCCCAAAUUCCUUUGUAAAGUUAGGGGCCAAUUCAAGUUUGGUGUUCGGGGAUACGUCUGGACCUCAGGUUCCUGCUAGAGAGGAGCUUGUUGAAUCUCUAGAAAGAAGAGACUCAAUACUGCAGAAGUACCGAGAUCUUUGGUAUUCAGACUACCUACUUUCCUUGCGUGAAAACAGUAGGGACAUUCACCAAAGAGAUUGGCAUGAUCAAAUUAAAGCUAACGAUAUCGUAUUAAUUUCUUCUCCUACAAAACCUAGGCCACUUUGGCAGCUGGGUAGGGUUGUUGAACUCUUUCGUGGUAAUGAUGGCAUAACACGAAGUGUUGAGGUCAUCAGGCCUGAUCGUACUAGAGGCACCUAUGCCAUUUCUCAUUUGUAUCCUAUGGAAUUAACUGCAUUGUCUGUGCCUUCCGAACCCUCUAAUGACGCCGCCUCUCCUACAGAUACUGGCGUACGGCGCGUUCGCAGGGCGGCGGCGCAGAGAUGCUUGGAAAAACUUAAGAACUGCGAUUAAAAUCGCAACUCUCGUGCCCGGGAAUGUGUUGGGAAAAAUAUCCCAACCAGAUUUCUUCUUGACUAUAGAUGAAGAACAAGAACUUUCUUGUUUAUAUAAACGUAGCCGUUUGCUAGCUUAAAACUACUGUCCCAGAGCUCGUGACGAGAAGUUCUAAAAAAAAGAGUUCGAAACGAGAACUCGUGAAGUGCGGUCUCUAAAGUUCCUUAAACUACCUUAACUGUGUCGCCAUAGUUUCCUGGAUUAUUUGCUGUUAAACUACUUAUGAUUUGUUGUGCACAACCCUUGCUUAAUUAAUUUAUGAUUUGGGGUGCAUGCUUUU